GAACCGCGAACCCGGGGGCAGCAUAAUCGAUUACGGAACGAACUUCCCUGAACACAACGGAUGAAGUUUGACUCUUCACUCGACACAUCGGACCGGCAUCUCCUCUUCGAACGGGUCAUUUCUUCGGAUCCAAAGAUCAUUAUUCUGGGCUAGGGUUUCUGCGUUUUCGGAAAGCAUACACACCUACAUUCGGCGACGACUCGGUUGCGAAUUCGACACGAUCAACACCGAAUGGGACUGGGAAAUGCGGCCUCGCCGUCCUAAACGGUCUGGAUGGCUGGUUCUCCAUCUCCUUUCCACGGUCUGAGUCUUCUGGGUCUUUGGUUUCCUUUCACUGAUUGAUCCGCUGGGCCAUGCGUCCGGUUGAUCUCCCUUGAUUGGAUCUCGGUGCGUACGAUGGUCAUUUCUUCGCGGUUGGCAUGCCUCCUCUGGCACCUGUCUCUGCGGCCCAUCCAUCGCCCGAUCCCAAUAUUCCGCACCCAAUUUGCCUUGUGUGUUGCUUAUGCGAUUCCCCCAUAUCCCCACUCAUCCCCAUCACCCAAUCAUCAUUAUCCCCCACUACUGUUUUUCAUUUUCAAAUUGACCAUCCCGCAUCAUCACUACCGCCAAAUUGCAUCCGCCCCCGUCCGAUUCGAUCAACCAGUGCUUGUGCUCUUCCUGCGUCCGAUCUUGAGGGCGGCUACUGGGGAGGUUUAUGAACAGAGCUCGCGACGAGGUGGAGGGCUCAUCAGGGGACGAGGGGCACGUUUUCCAAAUGGCUUCUGGGUUUAUAACGCAUCUUCCUGCUGCGCGCUGAUGGUUUGCAUUGAGUGGGAUGACGCUCGAGAGAGGGGACGAGGUUUAAGGACACAAAAGAGUCGAUUCUUUUGCUGUGGACCGAAAACGAAAAAAUUAGAGGACGGAGACGGAGCGAAAAGCAGGGGAGGAAACCAAAUUGUUAAAACAUCGACAGUGCAACCGGAAGCAAGCAAGCAGCGUAAUUAGCUCGGGAAAUGGAAUUCAUAUCAUGGGAUUUUGGUUUCUGGAUGCGGAAUGUGGUGUCGUAAUUCGUCUGUCUAUGAACAUGAUCCCU